AUGCUGGAAGUCGAAAGAGAAGCUGCCCACACUUCACAAGUACCGGAUCUAUGGAUUUUGUACACCGACGAUGCCUCUAAUGCGUCAGGGUCCGGACUGGGACUUGUGCUCGAAGUCCCAACAAGAGAAGUGAUUCUCCAGUCCAUAAGGUGCCCGGAUAUGACUAACAAUGAGGCCGAGUAUGAGGCCGUGAUUGCAGGAUUAAGGCUAGCACUUAAGUACGGGGGGAGAUGGAUCAUCCUGCGCUACGACUCUCAACUCGUCGUCAACCAAGUGACAGGGACUUUCCAGAUAAAAGACCAACGGUUACAAAAAUACCAGGCUGAGAUCUGCAAACUGCUACCCGAAUUUGAUGAAUGCCAGCUCGACCUAAUCCUCCAAGCACAAAAUAUCGAAGCGGACGGCCUCGCCAAAUUAGCAUCAACCAUUAGAAAUACCGGAGGUGUACUGGGACAGCAGCAAUAG